AGUAUUCCGUCGUCGGGUAGAGAGUAAACCGCGUCGCCGUCCUAACGAUGUCGUACAUUAGCUCACGUGUCUAAUAGUGCAACACACCCCGAAACAGGGGAACAUUAUGUGGGAGAAAAGUAGCAAAGUGUGCUGUGCUUCGUAACUAAGCAACGAUCCAAUCGUACAUCGGUGCAGUAGUGGGCACAGCAGUCUUUUUGUGUGUGAUGAGCAUUCCUUCACUUCAGCUGCCCUGCUCUGUGUCGCUGUGAAUUCUCGAAGUGCUUUCAUCCGGAUUUGGCGUGUGUGUGUGUACAUCCAUCUUCAGAGAUCAUCCAUCCUUCACAUCUCCCGGUGAACGAGCGAUCAACACUUGAGGCGCGGUCACUAACGGAAAUAAACGCUCAUUGUUGGAGGAUCCGCUCGGUCCCGUGUUGUGUUGUGCUGCCGCUGCAAAAGUGUGUGCGCGGGGUGGUCCGUGUUUUGCCGCGGUGCCGCGUUCGCGUUGUGUGCGUUUCGAAACGCAAGUGAACCGACCACCGAUCACCGCAAAAGAAAGAAACACAAAAGGCAGAAAACGAAAACCAACCCCUUGGCGCAACGCAUCGCAAAGAGCACAACAAAACAUCGCUUGGUUAAAGUGCUUCCUCGUCAGGUUUGAAACGAUCCGCCAAGGGUUCGACGCGUGUUGCGCCACUUUUCGUUGUGGCAUGCGCUUUUUUAGUGGGUUGCAGAACAGCGCGUAGAAGAAACAACAACGUGGGCGAUUUGCGUGAAGUGAGGAGAGAAAGGUAGCAACGAUUGAAGGCAAAACAGUGUUGCGUUUGCAGGUCCGACCAGCCCUCACGCCAUUCUUUAGCCCAGUAGGGUUGAUCUGCCCAUUAUAACCUCGUUUGUGAGUUACAAACUCCAAACACACAGCACAAAAAGCAACAACGACAAAUAACCGAACGUCUCCACCCGCCCCCCAUCACACGUCCGAAAAUGCUUGAAUCGAUGAUCAUGAACCGAAUCUUUCGGUACUUCAUGAAGUUUCACGGGUACUUCAUCGCGUUCUGCACCAUCUUCUUCACCUCCGUCAUCAUCGUGAGCUCGUUCAUGGGCCGGGACGUGCAAGACGAGCCGCUGUUCGUGGAGGAAGAGUUCGAAGCGGUGAUAAAGUUUCCCGUGCUGAUACAGCUCGAAUCGGUGCUAUGGUUGACGGCAUCGGUAUUGUUAGUGGCCGGACUGUACAAGGAGCACAAGAUUUACAUCACCCCCUUUCUGGCACUGUUCAUUGCGGACGGUGUGGUGGUGAUCGUGCAGGAAACGGUCAACCUCUGCACCGGACGCAUGUCGGAGUUGGCCACGAUCGAUACGCGCCAGCUAGUGGUGAUGAUACUGGCAAACGUGUACGUGCUGGUCAGCCUAAUCGUGCUGUAUCGGAUGUUUGGCAAGGAACCGCUUCCAACCACCCAGAACAACUUCGUACGCUUCGAUAACGAGCAGGACGUGGAGGCGGGCACCGGAACCGUCCCGGCAACAACGAUCAUUCCCACAGCACCACCCGUCACAACCAAUGUCAACGGUGCGUUGAACUCGCCGCCGAAUGGUUUCGCGAGUAACGGUGUCACGCAGCACGCGACCUAGGAAGCGGCCCGACGGGGGGCAAUCGCGAUGACUCAUACAGCCCCGAGAAAGUCAAAUUAGGCCCCCUUCAGGCUCCUUAUGUGCGCCACAUACACACAUGGAAGUACGGUGCGAGGCAUUAAAAUGCUAGUGAAAGUGAUGUACAUACUUGUUUUAUAAGUGUCAGUUUGGAAUGUUGUCGCGCCGGCUCCGGUGAUCAAUGCGGUCCCCACCCCCUCGAUGGAUCAUGGAUACGUUUCCCGCGGGAGCGGGAGGUGAGGCGAUGGGAUGCCGCGAAUUCCACGCAGUAUGUUGUAUUGAUGCCAACCAAUCCAUCAAGCUCGAUGCAACAUGUAUCGGAUGGUGUGUCCCCUUUCACAUUACCUAACGAACGCGAACGAGACGAUCCGUGUAACUGCAACUAAAUGAACAUCAUCAGUAACGGAAACUGAUCUUCUGAUCAACACACACACACACACCCAACCAGCGUGCAGAAUGUCACUCACGUGCUUUACCACAAUUGGCCAAUUAGGGCAACUGUGCAUGAGAAAACUCCAUCGCAACAAACCGCAGAGAAGCUGUAUUUAUAUGCGGUGCGUGCCCAACGUGAUCGUGUUCGCGUGUAGUAAUGUAAUCAUCUGGGAAAUGAUCCUCAAAAGCAAGUGACAUCUCAUCGUAUGUGUGUUCGUGUGUGUUGCUGAUGGGACAUUUAGCAGGCCUAGGCAAGCCAACGUUAGGAAGGUGGUUUGGACAGUGAUACGAUACGGCGAUCCUCGUCGCACGGGAAAGAUGAUACACGAUCAGCUCCUUAGAUGACCUAACCAAUGUUUAACGAUGAACCGGCCACCGUUAUGUUUUAGUGAUAUGUGUUAUGUGUUUACUAUUUUAUUUAAUGUUUAGUUUAGCGAUAGCUACCAAUAUGUUGUCCAUAUAGAGCAUGUAGAUAAUACUGCGUU